GGGAUCACCAAAUUUCCCUCGGAGUGGGGUAGGGCCGGGCUGUUCCUCCUCUUCCCAGGGGAGUAGGGGGGCCUCAGAGGAAACCCGGGGGUGGGGAAAGGAGAGGUUCUGGCUGCCCUGCGUGCAGUUUAAACUUGGCAACUUGAUGCCCUGGUGGUCUCUGGGGGAGUUAGGGAGUUUAUAUUUGCACACCCUCCCCCCAUUUUUCAGACUCCCGGUGGCCUCUGGGGAGGGCUCUACAGGGACCCAGACUCUGGAAUUCCAUCUUCCCUGCCCCUGCUCCCAGGGCUCCGCUGGAACUCAGACCCCAGUGCAGUUGAGGGUUUUUUAGGCGGCUUCCCCACUCUGUGUUUUGGCCACUCACACCUCUUUUCUCCUCCCUGUUUCUCCCUGUCCAUCUGUCUCCACGUCCACCAUGCAGGGUUUCCAGGCCUGAGGUGCCCGCCCUGGCCCCAGGAGAAUGAACCAGCCGCAGAGGAUGGCGCCUGUGGGCACAGACAAGGAGCUCAGUGACCUCCUGGACUUCAGCAUGAUGUUCCCGCUGCCUGUCACCAACGGGAAGGGCCGGCCCGCCUCCCUGGCCGGGGCGCAGUUCGGAGGUUCAGGUCUUGAGGACCGGCCCAGCUCAGGUUCCUGGGGCAGCGGCGACCAGAACAGCUCCUCCUUUGACCCGAGCCGGACCUUCAGCGAGGGCACCCACUUCACUGAGUCGCACAGCAGCCUCUCUUCAUCCACAUUCCUGGGACCGGGAUUGGGAGGCAAGAGCGGCGAGCGGGGUGCCUAUGCCUCCUUUGGGAGAGACGCAGGCGUGGGCGGCCUGACUCAGAACGUGCACGCCUGGGCGUCCCCUGCAAGGCGCAUCACCGCCUUCGGGGCUCAGGAGCACUGGACGGCACCUCGAACUACCCGGCGCCCAUUCCACGCAGCGCACUCGCCAGGCGUGGUGGCACUCACCUGGGUCCACGCAGCGCACUCGCCUGGGGCUGUUCUCAUGGCUGGUGGCCGGUUCUCACGCUUUUCGCUCCCAACAGACACGCAGCCCAAGAAGGUCCGGAAGGUCCCGCCGGGUCUCCCAUCCUCGGUGUACCCGCCCAGCUCAGGUGAGGACUACGGCAGGGAUGCCGCCGCCUACCCGUCCGCCAAGACCCCCAGCAGCGCCUAUCCCGCCCCCUUCUACAUGGCAGAUGGCAGCCUGCACCCCUCAGCCGAGCUGUGGAGUCCCCCGGGCCAGGCGGGCUUCGGGCCCAUGCUGGGUGGGGGCUCAUCCCCCCUGCCCCUCCCGCCUGGCAGCGGCCCUGUGGGCAGCAGUGGAAGCAGCAGCACGUUUGCUGGCCUGCACCAGCACGAGCGCAUGGGCUACCAGCUGCACGGAGCAGAGGUGAAUGGUGGGCUCCCGGCUGCAUCCUCCUUCUCCUCGGCCCCCGGAGCCACAUACGGUGGCGUCUCCAGCCACACGCCGCCUGUCAGCGGGGCCGACAGCCUCCUGGGCUCCCGAGGGACCACAGCCGGCAGCUCCGGGGAUGCCCUCGGGAAAGCACUGGCCUCGAUCUACUCCCCGGAUCACUCAAGCAAUAACUUCUCGUCCAGCCCUUCCACUCCCGUGGGCUCCCCUCAGGGCCUGGCAGGGACGUCGCAGUGGCCUCGCGCAGGAGCCCCCGGUGCCUUAUCGCCCAGCUACGACGGGGGUCUCCACGGCAGCACCAGCCUCAUGCACAACCACGCGGCCCUCCCCAGCCAGCCGGGCGCCCUCCCCGACCUCUCGCGGCCUCCCGACUCCUACAGCGGGCUAGGGCGAGCAGGUGCCACGGCGGCCGCCGGCGAGAUCAAGCGGGAGGAGAAGGAGGAUGAGGAGAACACGUCGGCGGCUGACCACUCGGAGGAGGAGAAGAAGGAGCUGAAGGCCCCCCGGGCCCGGACCAGCCCAGACGAGGACGAGGACGACCUUCUCCCCCCAGAGCAGAAGGCCGAGCGGGAGAAGGAGCGCCGGGUGGCCAAUAACGCCCGGGAGCGGCUGCGGGUCCGUGACAUCAACGAGGCCUUUAAGGAGCUGGGGCGCAUGUGCCAGCUGCACCUCAACAGCGAGAAGCCCCAGACCAAACUGCUCAUCCUGCACCAGGCCGUCUCGGUCAUCCUGAACUUGGAACAGCAAGUGCGAGAGCGGAACCUGAAUCCCAAAGCAGCCUGUUUGAAACGGCGAGAAGAGGAAAAGGUGUCGGGCGUGGUCGGAGACCCCCAGAUGGUGCUUUCAGCUGCCCACCCAGGCCUGAGCGAAGCCCACAACCCCGCCGGGCACAUGUGAAAGGUAUGCCUCCGUGGGACGAGCCACCCACUCUCAGCCCUGUGUGCUGGGCCCAGAACAGCCACUCGAGACCCCAGGCUUCGUCCACGUCCACACCUCACACACCUGUUGUCAGCAUCGAGCCAACACCAACCUGAUGAGGUUCGGAGUGAUGGGGGCGACCAAGGUGACGCUGGGUCCAGGAGCUCCCUGGGACCCUGGCCCACCCCUCCCUGGCCUCGCUCCCCCUGUCCUCGAAUCUCAGCCACCGUGUCACCCUGUGACUUGCCCCGUGGAUCCUGAAACUGCGUCUUGGCCCUGUUGCCUGGGCUGACAGGACCUUUUUUUUUUUUUUUUUUCCCAGUAAACAAAACCUGACAGCGAGCAACAAAACAUACACUUUGUCAGAACAGAAAAAAAAAAUGCCUUAACUAUAAAAAGUGGAGAAAUGGAAACAUAUCACUCGAGGGGGAUGCUGUGGAGACCUGGCUUAUGCUUCAAAAGCCACCAGCAAAUUGUGCCUAAGCCUAAUAUUUUUUUUAAGGAAAAUAAAAAGAACAUUAGUUAUAAGAUUUUUUUUUUUUUUCUUCUUAAUGUAGAUGAAAAUUAGCAAGGAUGCUGCCUUUGGUCUCUGGUGUUUUUUUUAAGCUUUUUUUUUGCAUAUGUUUUGUAAGCAACAAAUUUUUUUGUAUAAAAGUCCCGUGUCUCUCGCAAUUUCUGCUGCUGUUCUAGACUGAGCACUGCAUUUCCUGAUCAACCAGAUGAUUAAACGUUGUAUUAAAAAGACCCCGUGUAAACCUGAGCCCCCCCGCACCCCCCCCCCGGAAGCCGCUGCACACAGAACGGGGACAGGCAGUGGGUCUUUUGUUUUUUUGAUGUUGGGGGUUCUCCUCUUGGUUUUGUCACGUGGAAAGCGAUGCGUGGGCGUUCCCUGAUGAAGGCGCCUUGGGGCUUCCCUGCCGCAUCCUCUCCCCUCAGGAAGGGGGCUGACCUGGGCUUGGGGGAAGGGACGUCAGCAAGGUGGCUCUGACCCAGGUGACCCUGCCAAGCAGCUCUGGCCCCCAGGGCUAGUCCACACGAUGUCCUUCCCAGGCCCCCAUAAGCUGCUCUCCCUUGGAACCUGCACACCUCUCCGAAACGGGGCAUGUUGUUGGGACCAGUGACCCCUGGCAUGGGGACCACACCCUGGAGCCGGGUGCUGGGAACCUUCCUGGACACCCUGUCCUGCACUCCUUUGCCCCAGGGACCCAGGCUCGUACUCUGAACUCUGAGGGGACGCGGCUCAGGAGCCAGCACAGGACACCCCCACCCUACCCCAGCAUGUCCCCAUUACACCAGAGGGCCAUCGUGAUGUAGACAGGAUGCCAGGGCCCUGGCCGGUCUCCCGCAACGCUGGGAAGCAUCCCUGGGCCUGGGGCCAUACCUGCUGCCCUCCCUCUGUGGGGCCCAAGGGCGAGUGGCUGGAGCCGGGAGACUCUGCUGGUGUGAGCCCCACGAAGGCCUUGGGCUGCGCGACCCGGCUGCAGAACCAGCAGGGUGGCCCCUCGGGCCCAUCUGUGUCCUGUGUCCCAGCACCCAGGCCUCUCUCCAGGUCCCCUUUUCUGGUCUCUUGCCAUGAGGGUAACCAGCUCUUCCCAGCUGUCUGGGGACUGUCUUGGGUUUAAAACUGCAAGUCUCCUGCCCUGAGAUCCCGUUCACUUCCACACAAGCUAGGGUGACGGUCACUGUGGCACCCAGGUGUGGGCUGGGCUAGCCGGGCACCUUCAUGUGUUCUUCAUGCCCCUCCCUGCAUUGAGGCCUUGCGGACCCCCGGGCUGGCUGUGCUCACCCCGGCUGCAGGUCAGGCGUCUGCCCCUGUGCCACCCCUGAGACUCCCACCGUUACCCCCAGGAGAGCCUGGACUGCCUGACUCCCCUCCCCAGACUUGCUGGGGAGCCUGGGCCCCAUGGCAGAUUCAAGGGAAACUGCGAGGCCAGCUCAAGGCCUGGGAUCUGCCCCCAGUCCAGGCCAGGUGGAGGGGAGGGGCUGUCUGCCACUCUUCCUUCUCUGUGGUUCCCCCUGCGCCCUGGGGAUUUGGUCUCUUAGGGAACCUGCCUCUGUCUCCCUCUUGUUUUGAUUCCGGCCCUGCCCCUAGGUCUGGGUGGGCAGUGGCCCCGUAGCCUCUGGAACUGCGCGUUCUGCAUAGAAUUUAAACGAGAUUCACCCGGCGCCAGGAGGGAGAAACAGCAGUGUCGGGGAACCACAAUUAUGGGGGGGGGGGGGGGGGUGUGCUCUGAGUGCCUCAAGAUGGUUUUCAAAAAAAUUUUUUUAAAGAAAAUAAUUUUAUACGUGUCAACACAGCUGGCUGGAUUAUUGGGACUUUUAAACGAUCCGCUUUAAAGUGGAUUCAGAGACCUGUCCUGUGUAUAACAGCACUGUAGCAAUAAAUGUGACAUUUUAUAACGAU